CUCUGACAUUUCCUCACAUUUCUCCCAAGCCUUGAAAUCCGUCAUGAGUAUGCAUACAGUUGACGGAAGUCAAGAUGAUAAAUAACAAUCGUCAAUCACAUGCAGAUAGCAGCAAAUAAUACGACCUCGGUUGUAACCUCCAAAUCCAGUUUGACCGAGCUCAAAGCGACGCUUUGUCCGCCAGUAAAUUGCUUUACGACGACGACGCUAUCCACCCAGUGCUCAUAAAAAGAAGUCGAGAGUGGAAAGAUGUAGUUUCAACCUUAUCCAUACACAUUUCUGACACCAUGCCGAAUCCAAAAGAUAUACCUAAUCCAUAUGAACAUCCUGUUUACAAGGAUUGGGCAAAGAAGUCGCCGGAGGAGAGGGUGAAGGGUUUGGUGGAGGCUCACGGCACUGCUUCGGAGGAGCCGCGCUUCAGCGACCUUCUCUAUCACAGCACAGAGACAUCCCUCCCAGUCCAGCUCCUCUCCGUCACCCAAUCGUCCCCCACAACAGCAUCAUGCACCUUCACCUUUAAAAUCCCCGCCUACUACACAAAUGGCUGGUCAAACAUGCACGGAGCAGCCCAAACACUCAUCUAUGACAAUCUAACCACUCUCGCCCUCGCACCUAUCUCUAAACCCGGCUUCUGGAUGCUAGGAGGUGUGAGCAGGGUUUUGGAUGUCAAGUAUCUGAGGCCUGCAAGUGUGGGAGAGAAGGUUACUGUGGAGUGUGAGGUUGUGCAUGUGGGGAGGGUGCAGGCUAGUUUGAGGGGUGUUAUGAAAGAUAGUAAGGGGAGAGUGUUGAGUACGUGUGAGCAUGACAAGACGAAUAUCGACCCCGAGGUUGCCAAGUUGUAAGGAUGAGGGAUUCGAGGAGGUGGAAAGAAAGCCAAAGUAGAGCAAUUCACGGCAGAGUCAAGGUGAGCAUGGCUUGAACAUUGACCAGAAGAAGGCUCUUGGUAGAGGGGAUAAAGUAUCGCUAUUUAGGCUA